ACGAGUUUGAUAUUUUUUAAAAGCAUUUUCGUAAGUAUUUCAUCAAAUAAAUUUUUUUAAUUAUUAGAACACAUUCUAGAAAAAUUCGAACGCCUCAGGCAAAGUAAAAUAACUUUUCAUUUAUUUGUCUUCUAUUAAAAAUUUGCAUCAAAAAGUUUCAAUUAAAAAUAAGGUGAACUCAAAAAUUCCACAGUUACGUACUAUCGAUUUAGUAAAUGUUUCUAAAACUUGUGCGCAGCCUCCGUAUGAAUCCAGUGGUUCUCAUUGACUUUUCUAACGACAUCUUUACGCUUCUUCCGAACUUAUAAAAUAUUAUUAUCAAAAUACUCAGAUAUUUAAUUAUAUUUGAAAGAUUAAUAUUAUCGAAAAUAUUAAUUAAUUAGAAAAUUUAAUGUAAGUCGUUAGAAAGUAUUUUUUUUUAUUCUUCUUAUUACAUAAUAUUUAGAUUAUAUUAGAGGCGCAUAUUUAAGUAUAUUUAGAUUGGAACAACGAUUUCAUUCAUAUUUGAGAUUACUUUUCGUCCCAUCACUAUACCGGAAUAUUAUCGUUAUUAUUUCACAUCGUCGCUACUACGUCGAUAUUACGUAACUGGCUGUCUCUAAUACAAUCAGGAAAACUUGAGCGACCCAACUAACGACGACGAUCUUUCCGUCAAACGUAUAUAUACGUAUAUCUACAUCGACGCUUUCUAACAGCGUGGUUAGCGUCAUUCAGUGUUACUCUUUUGAAGGCAAGUUCGAUCGGUAAAAUUCGUGAGCUCACGUAAGUAUCGCAUUAUUUUGACAAAUUAAAUAUGAUUUCUUCUUCUUUAAUUAUCAGCCAUUAAUUUCUUUUUUUUUUUUUGUUUUAUUUACCAUAAUAAAUGAUAAAUAAUAUAUAUGUGCACGAUAUUUUAAUCUCUGUAGAUAUACUCGAGUUGACUGUACUUCUAAUGCGAGUCACGAGCAUUAUGAAAUAAACUGUUUGAUUAGCCUUCGGAACAGUCGUGAUUGUAAAUACCGAACGAACGUCGAACGUUGUUACUUCAUUAAGGAAACUCAUUUUACAUUUUGUGUUAAAAUAUAUAUUAUUUUGUCAAUUUGUUCUCAACGUUGAUGAAAAAUUAUUUUGUUUAGAUCGUGCGUUCGGAAUGUGAGAGAUCUAAAAAUAAUUGAAAGUAUAGAAUUGUAAUGGUUUAUGACGGAUCGUUCGUUAUCGCGAUGAUAAUUCAAAAACGUUCGCAAACAAAAGUAACAUCGUAUGAAAUAUUUCAAUUUUAAAACGGCGCGAAAUCUUGGAAAGUGGAAAUUUAUUAGAGUCGUUUUUUUAUCAGAUAUCAGUAUUUAUUAGUAGCAUCGACGACUUUACUAAAUAUAUUUCAUUCGUUAUCUCUUUCGAUUAUUUGAAUUAGGUUUAUUCUCUACGCCAUUGAACGACGAGCUGAACUCCAGCUUAUGAUUAAGUAGUCGGUGAAUGGUGAAUCGUAGAAUGGUGAACAUGGAUAAAGAAAAUUUUGAAUUUUCUAUUGAUCGUGGGGGCACUUUCACUGACGUCUAUGCGAGAUGUCCUGGCGGGAAAAUUAGAGUUAUGAAAUUAUUAUCUGUUGAUCCUGCUAAUUACGAGGAUGCGCCUCGUGAAGGAAUUCGUAGGAUACUCGAACAGAUUUUAGGAAACUGGAGUGAAAAUGAAUGGUGAAGUGGAUACUUCGAAGAUAGCUUGGAUUCGAAUGGGAACGACGGUAGCUACGAACGCGUUAUUAGAACGCAAAGGUGCUAAAAUGGCGUUAUUGUUGAAUGAAGGUUUCAAGGAUCUUCUUUUUAUUGGCAAUCAGGCGAGGCCAAACAUUUUUGACUUGGAAAUAGUAACACCAGAAGUUUUGUAUAAGAGAGUAGUCGAAGUAAGAUGUAGAGUGAUACCAGCAUUGCCAGGAAGAUGUCAACUCGUUAAAGAUUCUUGGAGAAAAGUUAAAGGUUCGACAGGAGAAGAUUUGUUCGUAAUGCAAGAAUUAAAUGAAGAGAAAUUAAAAAAAGACUUGUUGGAAUUGAAACAAUCAGGAAUCGAAAGUAUCGCUGUUGUUUUGGCGCACAGUUACACAUAUGCCGAACAUGAAAUAAGAGUUGGGGAAUUGGCCAAAGAACUCGGAUUUUCUCAAAUAUCUCUUUCUCAUCAAGUGAUGCCAAUGGUUAGGAUCGUUCCACGAGGAUUUACGACUUGUGCUGAUGCUUAUUUAACACCGCACAUCAAACAAUAUCUUCAGGGAUUUUCCUCGAGAUUCAAAGACAAUUUGAAAGGUGUUAACGUUUUAUUUAUGCAAAGCGAUGGUGGAUUAACUCCUAUGAAUUCAUUUAAUGGAUCACGAGCUAUAUUGUCCGGUCCAGCUGGCGGUGUCGUUGGAUAUGCCAUGACGACUUAUGGUAAAGAAACUGAUUUACCUGUAAUCGGCUUUGACAUGGGAGGAACUUCGACCGAUGUCAGUCGUUAUGGUGGAAGUUACGAACACGUUUACGAGAGUACCACAGCUGGUGUAACGAUACAAGCUGCUCAGUUGGACGUAAAUACUGUUGCGGCUGGAGGUGGAUCGAUGCUUUUCUUCAGAUCGGGUCUUUUUGAAGUAGGACCUGAAAGUGCUGGAGCCCAUCCAGGACCUGCUUGUUAUAAGAAGAACGGUCCGUUGGCAGUAACUGAUGCAAAUUUAGCUUUGGGUCGGUUACUUCCUGAAUAUUUCCCACAGAUUUUUGGUCCUAACGAGAACGAACCCUUGGACAAACCUCGGACGAUGGAAGCUUUUGAAAAACUUACAAACGAGAUCAAUGAGUUUCUGAUACACGAAGGCUUGAGAUCUGAAUCUGAUAAAAUGACGAUUGAAGAAGUUGCGAUGGGAUUCAUAAAGGUUGCUAAUGAAACUAUGUGUCGACCAAUUCGUGCUCUAACACAGGCUAAGGGUUACGAUACUUCACGUCACGUUUUAGCGUGCUUUGGUGGUGCUGGUGGUCAACAUGCGUGCGCUAUAGCUCGUUCACUCGGUAUGAACACCGUUUUUGUUCACAAAUAUGCUGGAAUUUUGUCAGCAUAUGGUAUGGCAUUGGCUGAUGUUGUAGAAGAAGCACAGGAACCUAGUGCUGAGAUAUAUGAAAAAAGUUCUUUUCAAAGAUUGGAUGAACGUUUAGAUAUUCUCGCAGCAAGAGCAAGAAAGAAGUUGGCUCAACAAGGUUUUGAUUAUCUUCAGAUACACGUAGAAUCAUUUUUACAUUUACGUUAUGAAGGUACUGACUGUGCUCUAAUGUGUUCACCAAAACUUGAUUCUGAAAAUUCUUCGGAAUCACCAAAACACGGCGAUUUUCUUGCAACUUUCUUAGAAAGAUAUCAAACAGAAUUUGGAUUCACUAUGCCUAAUCGAAAGAUUUUGGUAAAUGAUAUCAGAAUUCGUGGAACCGGAAAGACGAUGAUAACCGAGGAUAAAACUCUACCUUCGUUCUCUAAAUCUGCGAAACCAGAAAAAUCGACUAUGGUAUACUUCGAAGGAGGAUAUCAAGACACCAAAGUUUUUCAAUUGAGCUCACUUUUACCAGGACACAUUAUAGAAGGUCCUGCGAUAAUUAUGGACAGUUUAAGUACUCUGUUAAUAGAACCAGAUUGUACAGCGUCUAUUACUUCGAAAGGAGAUAUCAAAGUUAUAAUUGGCAAAGGAAUUCGUCCAAAAGUUACAACCGAUUUGGACACCAUUCAACUCAGUAUUUUUUCUCAUCGUUUCAUGAGUAUCGCCGAACAAAUGGGAAGAAUCUUACAAAGAACAUCUAUCUCGACGAACAUCAAAGAAAGAUUAGAUUUUUCUUGCGCUGUGUUUGGUCCAGAUGGUGGUCUUGUUUCGAACGCUCCACAUAUACCAGUCCACUUGGGUGCUAUGCAAGAAACAGUUCAAUAUCAAAUGAAAGUUUUUAAAGGCAAAUUUACACGAGGAGAUGUGAUACUUUCUAAUCAUCCUUCGGCUGGUGGCUCACAUCUUCCAGAUCUCACUGUAAUUACACCUGUAUUUUAUAGGGAUGUGGAACAACCGGUAUUCUUUGUGGCCAGUCGUGGUCAUCAUGCUGACAUAGGUGGAAUAACGCCUGGUUCGAUGCCACCACAUUCGACCACGUUGCUUCAAGAAGGUGCAGCGUUUAAGAGCUUUCUGCUCGUUCACAAAGGUGUUUUUCGGGAGAAGGAAUUAACAGAGGCUUUGAUGGAACCUGGUAAGAUUCCAGGAAGCUCAGGCACCAGAAAUCUUGCUGAUAAUUUGAGCGAUCUCAAAGCACAAAUAGCUGCUAAUCACAGAGGAACUCAGUUGGUGAACGAACUGAUCGAUAUUUAUGGCCUUGACGUUGUUCAAGCGUACAUGGGUCACAUUCAACAGAAUGCCGAACUUGCUGUUAGGGAUAUGUUGAAGUUGGUCGGUAAUAAAGUACUUCGGGAUAGUGGGAGUAGCAGCGUCACUGCCGUCGAUUAUCUCGACGAUGGUAGCCGGAUUAAGUUGCAAUUAGACUUUGACGUUGAGAAGGGUGAAGCAGUUUGUGAUUUCACUGGCACUGGAUAUGAAGUUUGGGGUAAUUGUAAUGCACCACGUGCUGUAACACUUUCGGCACUUAUUUAUUGUCUCAGAUCUAUCGUUGGACGGGACGUACCGUUGAAUCAAGGAUGUUUGAAACCUGUCAAGGUUAUUAUUCCCAAGGGUUCUCUUUUGGAUCCCUCUGAUGGAGCUGCCGUAGUCGGUGGUAAUGUUUUGACCUCUCAACGAGUCGUUGAUGUUGUUCUGCAAGCUUUUGGAGCUUGUGCUGCUUCUCAAGGAUGUAUGAAUAAUGUUACGCUUGGUACAGUCGAAUGGGGUUAUUAUGAAACUGUUGCUGGUGGUAGUGGAGCUGGUCCAACGUGGGAUGGUAGAGGUGGCGUUCACACACACAUGACCAACACGCGAAUUACCGAUCCAGAAAUAUUAGAAUUACGUUAUCCGGUGAUACUAAACAAAUUUUCUCUUCGCCCUGGAACCGGUGGUGAGGGUGCACAUCGUGGUGGUGAUGGUGUCAUACGGGAAAUGAUUUUCAGAGCACCAAUGACGUUAUCGGUAUUAACUGAAAGACGAGUCCAUUGUCCUCCAGGCUUAGCGGGUGGUUCACCGGGUGCUCGUGGCAAAAAUACACUCAGAAAGAUGGAUGGUAGAAUGAUCAGUUUAGGUCCGAAAACUGCGGUGCCCGUCCACGCUGGGGAUAGCUUCAUCUUAGAAACACCCGGUGGAGGUGGUUAUGGUUCCCGUGAUACAAAGCAGCCAUCUUUUACGAGGACAGCAUCUCGAACGUUCCUAGAACGUGGGAGCGUUUUCGAGUAUAGAAAAGCUCAGGAAUCCGUAUAACACAAAGUUAAGUCCUAGAGAAUCGAUUUAAUCUGUUCGUUACAUCACUGGUUACAAGUUACUCAUCGUCUAACGCUUCUUCGUAUCAAAUGUGCGUGUGUGUAUCUAUGAAAGUUUAUAUAGCUAGCUAAGAGAAUUUGGUAAUAGUUACUUACGAAGUAUGCACCUGGAAGGAAGAGGAAGGAGGGAGGGAUUAUCGGUAGUUUGAUACACUUGAAAGGAUAACUCAACGUAUACGACAGGUUUAGGAAGUUUAGUUAACUUUGAUAGGAAGAAUGUGUCGUUCUGGAUAGAUAAUAAAUUUCAAAGAAAAUUAUUAUUAUUAUUAUUGUAUAUUUUAUUGAAAUAAUCGAAAUAUUAUAAUAAAGAUGGAUCUUAAUUAUGAUAAUUAUGAUCUUUAUAUAACGCUGAUAUUGUUACAAUAAAAUUUGUCGUAUCGCUUCGAUUUA